AUGAUCGCAUUUUCCGCAAAGAAAAUCGCAGCAGCCACCUUGGUCAUGGGUCUUGCAGCUCCCACCUUAGCAUGUGUGGAAUUUUCAGGCUACAUCGAUAGUCCACUCGGUUCAGGUGGCAGUCUCAAAUCAGUGGAUAACGGUGUGCAAACGUGCAGCGGUAACAUAGAAUCAGGCGAUAAGAACCUUGACUGUAUCUCGGGUUACUCGCUGAACUACGACUAUACUGAUAACAGUUAUGAUGGGCCCAUGCCGGUCACUUACUGUAACCCGUCAAACUGCUAUGGCGUGAAUAUCCCAUUUACUCCCAGUGGUGAGAGCUACUCUUUUGACUACUCCGCCUUUUGUCACUAG